AUAAAAGGACCCCUGAAAGGCUUUCAACAAUUUUAGUUAGAACUUGGAACCUUAAAAUAUCAAUCCAACAACCCUUACUUUUUUUUUUUUUUUUUAAUUUCCUUUUAUAAGAAAGCCGUCUUAAGACCAUAGUUUCAUCUAUGUCCCAACAAUUUAUAAAUUAUAACCCUUAAGCUCUCCAUUUAAACCUCAUUAACUUCACUCUUUCAAACCCCAAAACCCACUCUCCCUCCUCUUCUCUCUCGCUCUCUCUCAAAUUUUCAUAACUAUGUGCCAGUUAGCUUCGGCUUCUGAUUCUUGCAAAAGCAAUUUAGAUCCAUCAACCAAAGUACAAGAACCUGACAUGCUAAGUCCUUUGGUCCCCAGGAAUCUAACAUCUCAACCACAAGAAAAAACCCAUCUGUCUCUGGCAAUCAAAGAAGCAAAAUGCACAGCCAACAUUGCUCUUCCAAUGAUUUUAACUGGUCUUCUACUUUACUCUCGUUCCAUGAUCUCCAUGCUCUUUCUUGGCCGCCUGGGGGAGCUUUCUUUAGCCGGUGGCUCUCUGGCGAUCGGUUUUGCAAACAUCACCGGUUAUUCUAUUCUCUCCGGCCUUGCAAUGGGAAUGGAACCCAUCUGCGGCCAAGCUUUUGGGGCCAAAAGUUACAAACUUCUUGGCCUCACCAUGCAAAGAACAAUUCUUUUGCUUAUCUUGAUUUCGUUCCCAAUAUCCUUUUUAUGGUUCAACAUGAAAAACAUUCUUCUCUGUUGUGGCCAAGAAUAUGAUAUAGCCACAGAAGCGCAAACCUACAUUCUUUAUUCUCUCCCGGACCUUAUCUUGCAAUCCCUUUUACACCCUUUGCGUAUAUACCUUAGAACUCAAUCCAUAACUCUGCCUCUAACAUACUGUGCAGCUCUUUCCAUUCUUCUCCAUAUACCCAUUAACUAUUUUCUUGUCUCUGUACUUAAUCUCGGAAUCAAAGGUGUUGCACUAAGUGGGAUUUGGACCAACUUCAAUCUUGUAUCUUCACUGAUCGUCUACGUUAUGCUUUCCGGCGUGCACAAGAAAACAUGGGGUGGGAUUUCUCUGGAGUGUUUAAGAGGAUGGAAAUCUUUAUUGAAUUUGGCAAUUCCAAGUUGCAUCUCGGUUUGCCUUGAAUGGUGGUGGUAUGAGAUAAUGAUUUUACUAUGUGGGCUACUGUUGAAUCCAAGAGCUACCGUUGCUUCAAUGGGAAUAUUGAUUCAAACCACGGCUUUGAUAUAUAUUUUCCCAUCUUCCUUAAGCUUUGGUGUUUCAACAAGAGUUGGUAAUGAACUGGGUGCCAAUAAUCCCCAAAAGGCGAAGCUUGCUGCUAUAAUUGGUUUGUGUUUAAGCUUCGGCUUGGGAUUUUCUGCAUUGUUUUUUGCAAUUAUGGUGAGGAAGGUUUGGGCCAGCAUGUUCACAGAAGAUGCAGAGAUAAUUGCAUUGACUUCAAUGGUUUUGCCGAUAAUUGGGCUUUGUGAGCUUGGAAAUUGCCCUCAAACAACAGGUUGUGGUGUCUUGAGAGGAACUGCCAGGCCUAAAAUGGGUGCAAAUAUUAAUUUGGGAUGUUUUUAUCUUGUGGGUAUGCCUGUUGCUAUUUGGUUAAGUUUCUAUGCUGGGUUUGAUUUUAAAGGACUUUGGCUUGGUCUAUUAGCCGCCCAAGGCUCUUGCGUUGCGACCAUGUUGUUAGUUUUGACUCGCACCGAUUGGGAAAGGCAAGCCCUCAGGGCUAAGGAGCUCACAGGAAACGUCAACACUGCUGAUGACAUUGAAGAGGAUGAUACAAUCCCGGAUGAUAAAAGACAACCAUCCACCUCAUCGAAUCACAAUGAUUUAUUAGCUUGAGUCUGUCACCAAUUUAAUAUAUGAAGAUUCUAAUUAACCAUAUUUUUUAUGAUUUGGAUCACACAUUUAGUUUGUGUUGAUCUAAUAUUUUUCAUUUACAUCUGCAGAUCACACACACACACACACACUUAUAUAUAUAUAUAUAGAGAGAGAGAGAGAGAGUUGUUAAUUGAAGUUUAAGAUUAUUCAAAAUACAUAGAAACAUGGAUUUUUCUUGUUCACCUGUAAUUAGUGUUGUACUUAUGUUUGGAUGAUAGUGCAUUUCAGGAAAGUAGUUUAGCUUACGGGCUUAUCAUAUGUGCCCAAUUGUGGAAGCGAGCCGCCAAUAAGGAGAGAUUCCAGUGUGAGCUUCCUUCAUAAGAGCAACACUUGCGCGUGGGAUGUAUACAACUAGGAAUUUGACUGGUCAUCUUUCAUCUUUUGCAACUGCCGACUCCGUCGAUGACCAUCGCUCCCUCAAAAUCACCAUUUGGAUUCGACCACGGACGAUCAUUCAAUUUUUUUUUAUUUGAUUGGGUGAUUGAAAACAUGAACCUAAAUCUAUUAGAUGAGUGUUAUAUUUUCAACUACUGAAUUAAAUCAGAUUAAAAAACUUUUUAUUUCACUUA